AUGUUGGACCUUUUUACAAUAUUCAGCAAAGGUGGCAUCGUCCUUUGGUGUUUCCAAAGCACCAGUCAAAUUAGUCAGUUUUUCAUACCCUCGGUGAAUUCGUUGAUCAAAACUGUGAUUCUUCAGGAAAGAACUAGUAGUAACAACAAUUAUGAACAAGAUUCUCUGUCAUUGAAAUAUAGAUUGGACAAUGAGUUUGAUUUGGUAUUUGUGAUAGCAUUUCAAAAAAUACUACAACUGUCUUAUGUAGAUAAAUUUCUGGACGACAUACAAUUGGAAUUUAGGGAUAAGUAUAAAAAUGACUUGGCCCGAAAAAACUAUUUUAUGGAAUUUGAAUUCAGUAAAAAUUUCAAAGAAGUUCUCAAGUCUGCUGAAGAGUGGGGUAAGGCUCAAGCCUGUAUUCCAAAGCAGAUGCGUACAUUCAAUGAGUCUACAAAAUCAAAAAAAACUGUAGCAUCAAUGAUUGAACGAAAAGGGGAUGAUAAAGAAAAUAAAAAAAAUGUAAAAAUUACUGAUACUCAAAAAAAUGAUAAAGAAGUUAAUCAUAAUGGUGUUUCAUUUAAUGAGGAAGACUUAAUCACUCAAAACCGAUUAAAAAUGGCUCAAAAAAUGGGUGCUAUGAAUUCUAAUAAACUAAAAAAAAAUAAAGAGAAAGUGCCAAAACCUUCUCCUAAAGCAACUAAGCAACCACGUACAUGGCCAUUAGGCGGAGCGGCAAAAGAUAUAAGCUCUUUAGAUUACACAAAAGAUAAGCCUAAUAAUAAUGCAGAUAGUCCUAUUGAAAUUGAAACAAACAAUGAGAUUGUUGGACAAAUGGUUGGAAGUAUUAAAGACAUAGAAAUUGAUAGUGACAGCGAUGAAGAAGAGUCUGAUGAGAAAUUUGAAACAGCUGCUGAACGCAAGAAAAAGAAUGAUAGUAAAAAAAGUGUAUUCUCCAUGUUCAAAGGUUUGGUUGGGAGAAAAAAUUUGACUGCAGCUGAUAUGGAGCCAGUAUUGGAAAAACUUAAAGAACACUUAGUUACAAAAAAUGUAGCUAUUGAAAUAGCAACUAAACUUUGCGACUCUGUUUCUUCUAAACUUGAAGGAAAGGUUCUUGGUUCAUUUGAAUCAGUGGCAUCUACAGUAAAGAAUACUAUGAUUGAAUCUCUAGUACAAAUUUUGUCACCUAAACGUAGGAUUGAUAUUUUACGUGACGCAAUGAUGGCUAAAAAAAACGAUAAACCUUAUGUUAUGGCAUUUUGUGGAGUGAAUGGUGUUGGAAAAUCUACAAAUCUUGCAAAAAUUUGUUUUUGGUUGAUUGAAAAUAAUCUAAGAGUAUUAAUCGCAGCUUGUGAUACAUUUAGAGCGGGUGCUGUUGAACAAUUAAGAACUCAUACAAAACAUUUGAAUGCCCUUCAUCCAGCAAAAAAACAUAAUGAUCAGCAAAUGGUACAACUGUAUGAAAAAGGAUAUGGAAAGGAUGCAGCUGGAAUUGCUAUGGAAGCGAUAAAUCACGCCAAAGAAGCCAAGUAUGAUAUAGUUCUUGUCGACACAGCUGGAAGAAUGCAAGAUAACGAACCAUUAAUGCGAGCUUUGACUAAAUUAAUUAAAGUGAAUGAACCUGACAUGGUAUUAUUUGUUGGUGAAGCAUUGGUUGGCAAUGAAGCAGUUGAUCAGCUGGUAAAAUUUAAUCAAGCCUUAGCCGAUUAUUCGUCUUCAGUUACUCCACAUUUGAUUGAUGGUAUUGUGCUCACAAAAUUUGACACAAUUGACGAUAAGGUUGGAGCUGCUAUUUCAAUGACAUACAUCACAGGUCAGCCAAUAGUAUUUGUGGGAACUGGUCAGACAUAUACAGAUCUCAAGUCACUGAAUGCAAAGGCAGUGGUUGCUGCUCUGAUGAAAUGA